AUGGUCCGCCUCGGACAUGACCACGCGCCUCUAUGGUCCGCCCGGUCAUGCACGCGCCUCUAUGGUCCGCCUCGGUACAUGACCACGCGCCUCUAUGGUCCGCGCUCGGUACAUGACCACGCGCUCAUGGUCCGCGCUCGUACCCACGCGCCUCUAUGGUCCGCGCUCGGGUACAUGACCACGCGCCUCUAUGGUCCGCCUCGGUACAUGACCACGCGCCUCUAUGGUCGCCUCGCGCCCUAUGGCCGCGCUCGGUACAUGACCACGCGCCUCUAUGGUCCGCCUCGGUACAUGACCACGCGCCUCUAUGGUCCGCCCUCGCGCUACAUGACCACGCGCCUCUAUGGUCCGCCCUCGGUACAUGACCACGCGCCUCUAUGGUCCGCGCUCGUGUUCUCCGUUCCUCUGCUCGCCGUGACCACGCUGAGUGUGUUCUCCGUUCCUCUGCUCGCCGUGACCACGCUGAGUGUGUUCUCCGUUCCUCUGCUCACCGUGACCACGCUGAGUGUGUUCUCCGUUCCUCUGCUCACCGUGACCACGCUGAGUGUGUUCUCCGUUCCUCUGCUCGCCGUGACCACGCUGAGUGUGUUCUCCGUUCCUCUGCUCGCCGUGACCACGCUGAGUGUGUUCUCCGUUCCUCUGCUCACCGUGACCACGCUGAGUGUGUUCUCCGUUCCUCUGCUCGCCGUGACCACGCUGAGUGUGUUCUCCGUUCCUCUGCUCGCCGUGACCACGCUGAGUGUGUUCUCCGUUCCUCUGCUCACCGUGACCACGCUGAGUGUGUUCUCCGUUCCUCUGCUCACCGUGACCACGCUGAGUGUGUUCUCCGUUCCUCUGCUCGCCGUGACCACGCUGAGUGUGUUCUCCGUUCCUCUGCUCGCCGUGACCACGCUGAGUGUGUUCUCCGUUCCUCUGCUCACCGUGACCACGCUGAGUGUGGACUGA